AUGAACUCUUAAAUUUAGUCAAAUCCUAGGGAAGAAUCAUUCCUUCAAAUGCUUCAUUAUUCAAUUUGCCCAUUAAUGAAAGUAAUGAAUCCAAUUUAAUUAGAGAAACAGUUUCACUUAUUGGAUUAUUAUCAUUGAUCUUCUACAUUAUUUCCUUUCCUUAAUAUACCAACAGACUUAGAUGCUUACUCUCCGACCACAUCAAAAAGUCUUAUUUAAUUUUGGUCAAUUGUAUCCCAUUUACACAAAAUCAGAAUUCUGGAGAUUGUUACUGAGUCUAGAACAACACAAAAACGAAACUCACUUGUUCUUCUCACUGCUCUUUAAAAUGCAUUUUUUUUCAUUCAUUGAACACAAUAUAGGAUUUAGAAACACGAUCCUAAUUUACUUUAUGAGCGGGAUCUCCUCAACUCUAUUUUAAGCCAUCGUUAGUUAGCAAGUUGGGUACUUAAAUGUCAUUGAUUAUUAUAGAGUCUGCGGUUCCUUUCACGUUGGGGCAAUCGGCUACGCCUUAUAUUUGCAACAACAAAUGUUAUGUAAAUAUACAAUACUAUAAACAAGAAAAGUGUUCUGCAUAAUAAUAACUAUAAUUUUAUUUUGAUCUCCAAGUGAGUCAAGAUUACGGUCUCACUUUAAUUAAAGUAGUUAUUGUGUUAUCUAUUAUGUAUAUAACAAGUCUUAAGUUUCAUGGGAUUUUAAUGAUUGGAUCUCUCUUAUUUGGAAUCUAAUGUAUGAUAUUGGGAUAAUACUUUUCAUAUGAGUAAAAAAAGCAGCAGCAAUUGCAAUUAACUAAUAGCACUAAAUAAACCCAAUUAACUAAAUACAUUUAUUUAAGUGGUUCUAUUGCUGUCAUCAUAAUAGAAGUGAUUGUAUUUUUUCAAUUAAAAAAUCAUAUCGAAAUUUGA